CGUUUUACGUCAAUGUAUCCUCAUUGCAGAGUGGGAAGAGCGUCUGUAGGAGCCAGAAGUUGCAAUUUCGAUGUACAACAACACGCUAUGCAAAUGUACACAUUAUUUUCAUUAGCUGAUUAUUGAAGCCAGGAUGACCACAUACAAGCGGAUUGUUACCAAAGGACCUUUGCCUCACUGUUACAUGAAACUUAAAUUAGAGUUUGAAGAUCCAUCUGUGAACAAGUUCCUGACCAUUAACGCAUCUACGCUGAAGCAUGCUAUUGUCACCUCCAUGAAAGGAAUGUUUGGAGAGCUGGGCAGUACUGAGAACAUAGACAUAUUGAAGUUUGAUGAGGAGAACUAUGAAGCCGUUGUCAGGGUGAGACACAGUUUCUUUGUGAAGGUGUGGAGUUCCCUUUGUCUGUGUGGAUCCUUCAGUGGAUACACCUGUGCCUUCCGAGUGAGUCAGGUCUCUGCUCAUUUGAUGGGCCUUGCCUGUAACAGCCGAGAGGACUUUGUGACAUGACUACAAUGAACAAUGCUAUGUGAUUGGGUUAUCUCCCUUUGGUUGAUGUGGGAAUGGGAUUAUAUCCUCUACAUUGUUGAGAUAUUCUGGAUUCUGACACACAAGGACAGUGAGAGUAAGGUAAUCUGUUAGAGGUCUCAGAACAGUGAGAGUAAGGUAAUCUGUUAGAGGUCUCAGGACAGUGAGAGUAAGGUAAUCUGUUAGAGGUCUCAGGACAGUGAGAGUAAGGUAAUAUGUUAGAGGUCUCAGGACAGUGAGAGUAAGGUAAUCUGUUAGAGGUCUCAGGACAGUGAGAGUAAGGUAAUCUGUUAGAGGUCUCAGGACAGUGAGAGUAAGGUAAUCUGUUAGAGGUCUCAGGACAGUGAGAGUAAGGUAAUCUGUUAGAGGUCUCAGGACAGUGAGAGUAAGGUAUUCUGUUAGAGGUCUCAGGACAGUGAGAGUAAGGUAAUCUGUUAGAGGUCUCAGGACAGUGAGAGUAAGGUAAUCUGUUAGAGGUCUCAGGACAGUGAGAGUAAGGUAAUCUGUUAGAGGUCUCAGGACAGUGAGAGAAAGGUAAUCUGUUAGAAGUCUCAGGACAGUGAGAGUAAGGCAAUCUGUUAGAGGUCUCAGGACAGUGAGAGUAAGGUAAUCUGUUAGAGGUCUCAGGACAGUGAGAGUAAGGUGAUCUGUUAGAGCUCUCGGGACAGUGAGAGUAAGGUAAUCUGUUAGAGGUCUCAGGACAGUGAGAGUAAGGUAAUCUGUUAGAGGUCUCAGGACAGUGAGAGUAAGGUAAUCUGUUAGAGGUCUCAGGACAGUGAGAGUAAGGUAAUCUGUUCAGAGGUCUCAGGACAGUGAGAGUAAGGUAAUCUGUUAAAGGUCUCAGGACAGUGAGAGUAAGGUAAUCUGUUAGAGGUCUCAGGACAGUGAGAGUAAGGUAAUCUGUUCAGAGGUCUCAGGACAGUGAGAGUAAGGUAAUCUGUUAGAGGUCUCAGGACAGUGAGAGUAAGGUAAUCUGUUAGAGGUCUCAGGACAGUAAGAGUAAGGUAAUCUGGUAGAGGUCUCAGGACAGUGAGAGUAAGGUAAUCUGUUAGAGGUCUCAGGACAGUGAGAGUAAGGCAAUCUGUUAGAGGUCUCAGUAUGCUAUGUGUUAUUAACCUGGAAAAUAACUUCUGUUCACAAACCAUUGUGGUGGUUUAAGGUUUCAGAAGAUCAUUGACAGAAGAGAGAUCACUAACAAGAUUAGAGCUGGUCAUUAAUGUUUGGAUUACAUAGAUCAAAACAUGGUCGAAACCGAGACCAAUCUGAAGUGCAGUGGAUGAAACGAACAUGUCAGAUUAGGAUGUUUAUAUGUGUUGAAGACUUGAGAUGCUCCACAAAACUGAAACUGAUUGGAACUGCAAGUGAAGAUCUGACUUGACCAAUAUCUACAUACAUGUGAAGUAUGUUAGAGGCCCAAUUGUCAGUUGAAAUUGAUUAAUAAAAUCAUAUUUAAGAAAGAGACAAUUAUAAGAAA